AUGAGCUAUCUUCAGCCAUAUUCAAGGUGCCACGACCGUGGUGUUUCUUUCUUGAAAAUGAAGACACGCACAGUGAUAAUCGUAUGCGUGCUUGCCGUUGUGGUACACUGCGAAUGCGGGUCUGCUUCGUACUGGGAUGACCCGUGGCCUGCGACAGAUGCGCCCUGGCAUGAGAUUGUGACGCAAAUAAAAAAUACGUCGGAUAGCAUGUACGAAAAGGUACUCGCUAUUCGGCGUCUGGGACUCUCCUUUAGGAUGAGACAUGCCGUAUUCGAGAGGGUACGCAAGCUCCAGCCUGAGGCUUUACAGUUUCCACCGAUGUGGCAAGCGUGGAAUGACUUGUGGAGUAUAAUAGACGAUAUUUAUCAGACGCAGGACCAACUCCGGUUGUUGGUGCGGAGGCAGAAAGACGUACUUGCUGCCAUACGGGGACAUCGUGUCAGCGCUGAGGGGCAGCAUUGGAGGGACGUUAACAGCGUCUGCAGGAAAGUGGACGGGGAAGUACGACACGCAGAGGAAGUGCUCGAACAGGAAACGGGGAAGUACGACAACAUUUUGCUGGAGUUAAACACCUUCGAUUAA